AUGGGCUGCUGUGUAAGCACUAACAGAGGUUCUUGUGGUGAAAAGGAAGCACAUUUAGAGGUGGGUCUUGAUUCUUUUAACCAAAAACCAAUUCUUGAAGGAAGAGCUCCACCUCCUUCCGCUGAAGAAGAAACUGUGAAAGAAGUUUUGUCUGAGACCCCAAAGCCCAAAACUCCCAUCUUUACCCCACAAGAAGAAGAGAAGAAAACCCUGAUAGAAAACCCGGUCUUUGUCAAGAUCCAAGGGAAGGAAAGCCUGGAUUUUAACAUUAAGCAUGAGCUGAAACCACCUGUUAAUUCCAUUGAAGAGUCAGCUUCAGAAGAUGUUUCUGAGAUUUGCAGUGUUAGUUUAAGUGAAAGCGUUUCAACUACAACAGAUAGAAGAGACGAAGAAAAAGCGAGGCCGCAAAGAGUGUUCAGAUCUCCAGCAAGAUCCGGGCCCGGGAAUCAGGUCGUGGGUAGGUCCCCGACUCGGAAACUUGAGCAAUCACCCGGGAGAAGAAAUGGGGUUAUCAAUGGGGGAUCAACAGUGAGGUCGGUUCAAAGCAGGGAACCCACAUUGAGACGUGGGUCAAGACUCGAACCGCCAAGGAAGGAUCCGGGUGAGAAUUCAGGGAGGUCAAGGUCACCAGUUGUGAAUAGACCUGUAAUGGGUCGGAGCGCGUCUGGAAGGACUAAUCCAUCCCCUGGUGGUAGGGCCAGACUUGACCCGGGAGAGUCCGGUAAUAACAAAAAAGUGGUGCAGCAUCAAGGUACUUCCACCACUACUGCAACUACAACUACAACCACCAUGGAUGGAAAAUGGCCAAGUAUAAAUAAUAAUGGAGCUACAUCAAGUACUCCAAAUGAAUCACUUGAAAAUCCUCUUGUUUCACUUGAAUUCAAAGGUCAGUCUGAACCGGAAACGAAGAUUUUGUUGUAUAAGUUUGUGGGAUUCCAGAACUCAGAGUUGCAGUGUGUCUACUCUUCUUUGCUGUACGGGAAAAGAUCUGCAUCUCUGCAAAAGACUGUACCAUGA